GCGCGCUGCUACAGGAGCCCACGGGCAUCAUUUGUCCUCGUGGAAUUUCGCGCAUCUGCGGUCAAUCUACUGAAUAAAUCCCUUCAUUUCCACUUUUAAUGUGUACGAAAUCUAAGCAUAAGCCAGGCGAAAUGAACGUCCUUUAAUGUAGCCUAUUUGAUCAGAGAGUAGGCUGAGGCUGGUACUGGAGAUCUGGCGUGUAGCGUCACGGGCGGCGUCUCAUUCCACUCUGAUCGCGUGUUGAUCACGAAGCCGCUUGAUUCGGAGCUCCGCUGUCUGCGAGUCGUGGCAGAUUGUAUCAUUUAAGGUCUAUUUUUCAAAUGAUGCAAACGUAAUCGUUUUGUCUGCUGUAACGGAAAGUGUACUGGAAGCAGCAUGUCCUUCUACGCCGUCAUUAUAACGGUCCUCUGUAUCAUUUUCUCGGCUUGGCAGGUGAGUGCAGAUGAGGACUGCUUGUGGUAUGUGGACAAAAAUGGCACCUGGCACAAUGGCUUUGAUUGCCCACCCAUAUCCUUCUGCUGUGGGAACUGUCACCGCCGCUACUGCUGCCUGGAUGGCUUCAAGAUGAUCACCGAGGCGGGACAGAAGCGCUGCAUGCUGUUCCAUCUCAGCCCUUCCACUAUAGCUGGCAUUGCUUCAUCCAUCCUGCUCUUUGUGGCUGCUAUAGCCACCAUGGUCUGUUGCUUCAUGUGUUCCUGUUGUUACCUGUACCAGCGCCGCCAGCAACGCGGCAGAACUCCUUAUGAAGCCCAGCAUAUUCCAAUGGCCAGCUAUCCUGUGGAGCACAUGUACGAUGCUUCUGGUAAACCCAUUGGACAUCCUGAUUAUCCUGGAUAUCCAAUGGUGCCGCAGUAUCCAAGUGUCCCCCACCAGUAUCCUAUGAUGGUCCAGGGUCCUUAUCCUCCUAAUCAUCCUGACGCAGUAUACAGUCAAGCAGCUCCUCCGCCGUAUUCCCCUCCCCAGUACCCAGGGCACUGAAAGAGCUGAAGUCCCUCAAUGAGGAGAAGAUAACCCAUAAAGCGGGUGAUGAGGAGGGCCCAUGCUUGUGAGGAAUCCUUUGAAUGAGAAGCCGUUUUAAAAACUGAUUUAUGUUAUUUAUUUCUUGAUUAAUUUAUUGAGUGAAGCAUGAACUGACCUCAAAAUCGA